GGCGUGUGGUGCUUCUCUCUCUCCCCAUUGGUAGGAAGAAAAAAGAAGUGCUGAAGCCGGCGGUGACGGUGGCUGUUGUUGAUGAAAUUUGAUUUGAUAGUGAACUACCUUCGAUCCAAGAAGUGAUUCUGACUGAGAAUCAGUCUGAGGUUUUUCUUUACCCGUGCGAUGAAUUAGAUUUUUAUUUAGCUACUCAGUCUAUCCUUUCUUCUUAGUCGAGAUCUGCCAAGAAUUCUCGUUGGGCGGAGGAGGCUGAGAUUGAUGAACUAAUUUUCUAGUCUUCUGCCAAAGAGAUUUGGAGAAAAUUCAAAGUUAAUCAAGUUCGUACUCCAUAUACUCAUCUUGAUUAUAUAGAGCCUAUGAAAGUGGGGGAUCGUCUUGCUUGAUAUUGAAGAGAUUGAAGUUGAGGCUUCAAUUUAGAAGGCUUCUAUAGUUUGCAUAGUCCUGGGUACUAUUCCCCCUUUUCGUGUGUUUGAAGGUUUUGUUAAAAGAAUUUGGGGGCAAUUUGGGUAUUGGGAAAAUAGUGAGAAUGCACUCGGGUUUCACUCUUGUGAGCUUUCCAGAUGAAUCUACCAAGGAUUUAGUUCUGGAAACGGGGGUUGUGCAUUUUGACAAGAAGCCGGUGAUUCUUCAUCCCUAGUUGUCGGACAUGGAUUCAGUUCAAAUGGUGAAAUCAGUUCCCUUUUGGAUUAGAUUAAAUGGUCUCGUUCUUCAAAAAGUGGGGUCGCAACAGCCGUAGUGCUAUGGUGAGCGAAAUUGGUUAAAGAUUCGCUGGCUGGGAAAGUUUCCUCAUCAAGUGAUGUAGUUAGUUAUAUUAAGGGUGAUUGGAUCACUCCUAGAAGGAAAGCGUUUAAGAAUACUGGUUCACAGCCUUCUAAUUCUUCAACUAGUAAUGUUUAUGCAGGUCUUCAGGAGCUUGAUGUUGGGAAUUCGGUAACUAGUUCUAUGGUUAUACCUCAUAAAGCAGUGUAAGAUGAUCAGGUGGGAUUUCUGAGGUUUGAAUAAAGGUAGUAAACAGAAAACUAUCCUUGAUAUUUGUAGAUUGAAUAAGAUUGGUUUUGGUGCUUUUUUUGACACUAAAAUUUGUCAUACGAAGGUUGCAAAUAUAGUUUCGAAUAAUUUCCCUAAUUGGGAUUUCAAUUCUAGUACUAUUUUAUCUGGUAGAAUUUUUAUUCUUUAGCAGAGAUGCUUUGUCCAAGUUCAGAUUAUUUUUGAAGAUUCUCAAUUUGUUCAUUGCAAGGUUAAAGUGGUUGAUCAUAAUUCUAUUCUCUUUAUUACUGCUGUGUAUGGUUCUAAUUCUGCUAUGGUCAGAAAUGUUCUUUGGGAAAAGUUGGCUGGUUUUGGGUGUUUGAAUCAUCCUUGAGUUGUUUUUGGUGAUUUCAACGGUACGCUUAGCUAUAAAGACAAAAUGGGGCAGAGAUAAAUCACGGCUAAUGAUGUUCUAGAUGCUCAAAAUUGGUUAGCUCAUUGUCAAGUGGAAAAGCUUAAGUGUUUGGGUUCUAGCUUCACCAAGACAAACAAACAUGAAGUGGAAAAUAUGAUCUAUUCAAAGCUUGAUAUAGUUUUUGUGAAUGAACCCUAGUGUGAUCAUUUCCCUAAUACAAGGGCUCUUUGCAAGUGGGAUGAUAUUUCUGACCAUAGUUACUGUACAAUUAAAAAAUGAUAUUUGUAAUGUUGGAAUCAAACCUUUCAGGUUUUUUAAUUGGUGGAUGCUUAACAGUAACUAAAAACGCCAAAGUUUAAGAGAAAUGGAACUUACCUACUGUUAAGAGAGGUCUUAGAGGUGUCAUCUGCAAAUUAUACAGGCUGAAGCAUGUUUUAAAGGCUAAUUUUUGAAAGGUUUCAGGGCAAAUUCCUACUAUGUUUUAAGAGGCCAAAGAGAAGCUCAGCAUGGCCCAAGGAAAUCUUGGUAAUAACCCUACUUGUUUGGUGCUACAAGAGGAGGAAAGUUUAAAGCAGCACGAGUUUAAUCUAGCCAAAUUGAAAUAUGCUAGCUAUGAUCAAGAACUCAAUAAAGUUACUUGGUUACAAUUUGGAGAUGAAAACUCUCAUUUUUUCCAUGUUUUGCUGAAAAAGAGAAAGCUUGAGAAUAGAAUCACAACUUUUGUUAAUAAUGGUGAAGUUAUUGAUGACUAUAACUCAGUUAUUAAACACUACUUCAGCCACUUCAAGAAUUUUUUAGGUAAUAAGAGCAGUGCUACUCAAAGUAUAUCGCUGAACUGUUUGAAGUUUGGUGAUAUUCUUAAUAUUCAGCAACUAGUUGCCUUGAUAAGACCCUUCACUAAAGCUGAUGUCAAAGAAUCUUUAUUUGAUAUUCAUUCAAAUAAAAGCCUUGGUCCUGAUGCCCAUGGAGCAUGCUUUUAUAAGGGGCUUUGGAAUGAGAUUUGUGAGGAAAUUUCUAUGGAUGUUCUUAAUUUUUUCCAAGAUAGUAUAAGGCCUAGAAUGCUUAAUAAAACAGUUAUAUCUCUUAUUCCCAAGAAUGAUAACCCUUGUUCAACUGCUAAUUAUAGACAUAUAGCUUGUUGUAACACACUUUACAAAUGCAUUUCUAAAAUGUUGUGUGAUCGGCUUGCUGAGGUGCUGCCUUUUCUGGACCAAAACAAUCAAGGUGCGUUUGUUAAAAACUGAUUACUGACACACAACAUAUUGAUCUUUCAGGAAUUAUUAAAGGGUGAUACAAGGUAACAUAUUUCAAUGAGAAACAUUAUGAAGAUUGAUCUCAGUAAGGCUUAUGAUACGAUUGAUUGGCCAUUUGUUUAUGAGUUCUUUAGGGGUCUUUGCUUCCCUUCCCGCUUCAUCGAUUAGAUUUUGGUUUGUUUGAGGGGGAUCUCCUACUCUCUUAUGCUCAAUGGUUGUCUUCAUAGGUCUUUCAAAGGGGAGAAAGGUCAUCGUCAAGGGGAUCCUAUAUCUCCACUCCUAUUUGUUCUGAUCAUGGAAUAUUUGACCUGUUUAUUGAUCCAAGCUUCUUAUUCGAAAGGCUUUGGUUUCCAUCCAUACUGUAAGAAUCUGAUGCUCAUCAACUUAUGCUUCGCAGAUGACCUAGUGAUUUUUUUACAAAGGUAAUACUAAAUCUAUUCAAAUUGUUUAAAUGGAAAUCAAUAGUUUUUGUAACUCUAUAGGCCUUACAAUUAAUAUAUCUAAAUCCCAUAUCUAUUUUACCAGGAUCUAAAUUUACUAACAAGUAUA